AUGGGAUCUCUUACCAAGCUCAUAGAUGUUUUGCUUUUUCUCUACUUUCUGUUUAUCGCCUUAACAGCCCCAGUUACCGAUGCACUAACAAUUUUUCCUUCAAACCUUCUACCGACAUUUCUUCUUGAUUUAAAGAAGUGGUAUAUAAAAGAAUUUGAUGACUAUUUGUUUGCCGAGAAGCCUCAUUUCUUUGUUGGCCUUACAUGGGUUGAACUCCUCUUCCAAUGGCCUGUUGCUGUAUUAUGUGUUUAUGGCCUUGCAGGUUCGAAAUCCUGGUUCAACAUAACUAGUUUGGUCUACGGAGCAUCCUCUUUAACUGGCUUGAUUGCAAUACAAGCAGAAUUGAUAGGAUCUAAGAGAGCAUCAACAAAGCCAAUACUGAUCUACCUGCUGCCUUUGCUUGUUGCUGUUCUAGCCAUCUUACGUGGUGUUCUUUUAUACUCUGGAAAGUCCUCCCCAAUUGGCAAAAGACCUGCAUUGAAUCAGAAGAGGAUCGCCAAAAAUCAUUGA